AUGGAACGGUGGGGAACUAUCUAGAAGGGCGAUUAUAGCGAAAACGACAAAUGCGCGGUCGUCGGAUAUGAUCGGGAGAGAGACCAUCUCUAUGGUAUUACAUGGUACAAGGACCACGAGGUAUUCUACAAAUACGUACUCCGAGAUAAAAAUCCCCACGUCUAUGACGUCAAUGGUGUUAAAGUUGACAAAUCUCGCUCGAAUGAUCAGAUAGUGAUGCUGCAGGACGCAAAUCUUCAUGCCACCGGCAUGUACAAGUGCGAAGUUAACGGGGAGGGGCCGAGCUUUAAUACAGUCAGUGCCGAGGCGAGAAUGGAGGUCAUAGCACUACCUCAAGAAAGGCCAACGAUAACCGGAGAGGAAAAGGUAUACGCCAGCGGAGACGUGCUUGCGCUGAAUUGCACCAGCGGCAAGUCCCAUCCUGCCGCAAAACUCAGAUGGUUCGUUAAUGGCCAGCAGGUGAAGCCCGAUUCGGACUUGGUGUUCGAACAGCACGGGCUAUACUCGACGAUAUCGAGUCUACUGCUCGAGCUGGAGCCGGGUCAUCUCGCCAGCGACAAGAUAAACGUCAGGUGCGAAGCGACGGUGCAAUCGAGCCACGAAGUUGAGCCGUUCGUCGAUAUUCGCAAUACCGAGGUCUUUGUUCAAGGUCUCGCAACUCUGACGACACCGUCGUUGUGUCUUUUAGUAGCUGCAGUAUUACAACGAUUUCUGUUGCCUGUGUAAAAUCUUCUGGCACGAUGAGAGCAUCAACCUGACUAACGC